AAGCUAUAUAAGGUACUGUUUGGAGAAUUCGUAAAUAUUCAAACGAACGAUCUCGUAUAUCACGCAAGUUAAACUUAACGUGAAUCGAACGAAUUUCGCUUUAAAUGAAAGACUGAAGCAGACAAAAUGAAGAUCAUUUAUUUACUAUUGAUUGUGUGCUUUUGCAUGGUGAGCGCGAAAUAUUUGCCAAAUGAAGUAGAACCAAGAAGAGCUUUGUUAUGGCAUUCCGAAAAAUCCGAUUCUAAUGAGUCAGAGGCUACGAUAGAGACAGAUGAAGACAAUGACUCUUUGGAAAGAAAGAUAAAGGAGGAGAUACAAAAACAACGUAGAAAAGAAUUAGAAAGACAAGAAAAAUUAAAACGGAAAGAAGAAGAGAGAAGGCGUAAACAAGAGGAAGAAGAGAGAAAAUUAGCUGAAAAACUGCGCAAAGAUGAGGAGAAAAGAGAGGAAGAAAGGCGUAAACAAGAACAAAAAUUAAUCGAACGCCAGCGCAAGGAACAAGAGAAGCGAGAAAAAGAUAAACGUAAACAACAAGAAAAAGAGCGCAAACAACAGGAAAAGCAGCAAAAAGAAUUGGAAAAACUAGAAAAAGAAGCACAAGAAAAUAAUAAGCCAGUUUCCUUAGAAUCUGUGGAAGAAAAUGAUUCUAUAGACCUUGAAGAUAUUUGGAAAAACUUAAUUUAUAAUAAAUUUGCUUUGCAACCCAAUAGCAGCAAACUAGAAAAGAAAGCAGCUUUAAAUAAAUAUUUCCAGGAAGAGCUUGGCCUUAAUAGCAACAGUACAAAGACUGAGUAUCGUCAAGCUGUAAUCAAAUUAUUACAAUCGAAUUUACAAAGUGACACGGCGUCGCAAGAUGCUUUAGGAAACCAUAUUUUAAGCCACGUAAAUGCCAUUGGAAUACAACAGUUACAGGCAGAGUUGGAAAGAAAACUCGAGAAGGUCAAUAAUAAAACAAACAUAUUGAAAAAUCUUAACUCUACAUUGGUACAAGAAUCACAACAGUAUUUAGAAGAAAAAAGAACAUAUUUACAAGCGAUCUCACAGUAUUUAAUUGGUCUUUUGCCGAACUGGAUAACAGGUGGACCAGGAACUAAUAACACUUCUAUUGAUGGUUCGGAUAAUGUCACAGGAACUGUUUCUACAAAUAAUGCUGAUUCAUCAGCAUCAUCAGUUAACCAGCCUCCUGGUACUGGCUCUACUUCCAUCACCGUUACUAAUGUAUCAGCUGCGCUUGAUACAGUAAUUGAAUCAGCUCAACCGGGGGUAGCUGUUGAACCGACACAAUCUGGAAAUACACCAGCUGUGCCUGAUGCGGCGGUUGAUUCCACUCAACCUGGGGUAGGUGUUGACCCUGCACAAACUGGAAAUGCUCCUGCUGCGUCUGCUACAGUAAUUGAAUCAGCUCAACCGGAUGUGGCUGUUGAACCUGCACAAUCUGGAAAUGCACCAGCUGCACCUGAUGCAGUUGUUGAAUCCACUCAACCUGAGGCAGCUGUUGACCCUGCACAAACCGGAAAUGCACCUGCUGCGCCUGCUACAGUGAUUGAAUCAGCUCAACCGGGGGAAGCUGUUAUACCGGCACAAUCUGGAAAUGCACCAGCUGCGCCUGAUGCAGUGGGUGAUUCCACCCAACUUGAGGCAGCUGUUGACCCUGCACAAACCGGAAAUGUACCUGCUGUACCUGCUACAGUGAUUGAAUCAGCUCAACCGGGGGUAGCUGUUGAACCGACACAAUCUGGAAAUACACCAGCUGCGCCUGAUGCGGCGGUUGAUUCCACCCAACUUGAGGUAGCUGUUGACCCUGCACAAACCGGAAAUGUACCUGCUGCACCUGCUACAGUGAUUGAAUCAGCUCAACCGGGGGUAGCUGUUGAACCGACACAAUCUGGAAAUACACCAGCUGCGCCUGAUGCGGCGGUUGAUUCCACCCAACCUGAGGUAGCUGUUGACCCUGCACAAACCGGAAAUGCACCUGCUGCGCAUGCUACAGUGAUUGAAUCAGCUCAACCGGGGGUAGCUAUUGAACCGGCACAAUCUGGAAAUGCACCAGCUGCGCCUGAUGCGGCGGUUGAUUCCACCCAACCUGAGGUAGCUGUUGACCCUGCACAAACCGAAAAUGCACCAGCUGCGCCUGAUGCAGUGCUUGACUCCACCCAAGGUGAGGUAGCCGUCGAUCCUGCACAAUCUGAAAAUGCACCAGCUGCGCCUGACGCGGCGGUUGAUACCACCCAACCUGAGGUAGCUGUUGACCCUGCCCAAACAGAAAAUGCACCUGCUGCGCCUGAUACAGUGAUUGAAUUAGCUCAACCGGGGAUAGCUAUUGAAUCGGCACAAUCUGGAAAUGCACCAGCUGCGCCUGAUGCGGCGGUUGAUUCCACCCAAGGUGAGGUAGCCGUUGACCCUGCACAAUCCGAAAAUGCACCAGCUGCGCCUGAUGCGGCGGUUGAUUCCACCCAACCUGAGGUAGCUGUUGACCCUGCUCAAACCGGAAAUGCACCUGCUGCGCCUGCUACAGUGAUUGCAUCAACUCAACCGGGGGUAGCUAUUGAACCGGCACAAUCUGGAAAUGCACCAGCUGCGCCUGAUGCGGCGGUUGAUUCCACCCAACCUGGGGAAGCUGUUGACCCUGCACAAACCGAAAAUGCACCAGCUGCGCCUGAUGCAGUGGUUGACUCCACCCAAGGCGAGGUAGCUGUUGACCCUGCCCAAACCGGAAAUGCACCUGUUGUGCCUGCUACAGUGAUUGAAUCAGCUCAACCGGAGGUAGCUGUUGAACCGGUACAAUCUGACAAUGCUCCAGCUGUGCCUGAUGCAGUUGUUGAAUCCAUUCAACCUGAGAUAGCAGUUGAGCCUGCACAAUCUGGUUAUGCUCCGGCUGUUGCUGAUGCUGUGAUUGAACCCGUUCAAUCUGAGCAACCUGUUGAUCCUGUGCAAUCUGAUAAUACAUUAGCUGCACCUGCUGAAGUAGUUGAACCCUCCCGUCCUGAAGCAACUGUUGAAGCUGCGCAAACUGAGAAUGCUCCUGCUGAACCUAAUGCAGUUGUAGAAUCCGCUCAACCAGGGGAAGCUGGUGAACCUGCACAAUCUGAAAAUACACCGGUUGCGCCUGGUGCAGUAAUUGAACCCGCCCAAACUGAAGUAGCUGUUGAACCUGCACAAUCUGGAAAUGCUGUGGCUGCAGCUGAUACACUAAUUGAACCUGCCCAGCCUGAGGCACCUGUUGAACCUGCACAAUCUGAAAAUGCACCGGUUGCGCCUGGUGCAGUAAUUGAACCCGCCCAAACUGAAGUAGCUGUUGAACCUGCACAAUCUGGAAAUGCUGUGGCUGCAGCUGAUACACUAAUUGAACCUGCCCAGCCUGAGGCACCUGUUGAAUCUGCACAAUCUGAAAAUGCUCCGGCUGCUGCUGAUGCAGUAAUUGAACCCGUUCAGCCUGUGGUAGCUGUUGAGCCAGUACAAUCUGAAAAUGCACCUGUUGCGCCGGAGGCAGUAAUAAACCCUGCCCAACCUGAGGCACCUAUUGAACCUGCACAAUCUGAAAGUGCUCCGGCUCCGGCUGAUGCAGUUAUUGAACCCGUUCAGUCUGAGGUAGCUGUAGAGCCUGCACAACCUGCAAAUGAAUCUGUUGCGCCUGAUGCAGUAAUAAACCCUGCCCAACCUGAGGCACCUAUUGAACCUGCACAAUCUGAAAGUGCUCCGGCUCCGGCUGAUGCAGUUAUUGAACCCGUUCAGCCUGAGGUAGCUGUUGAGCCCGCACAAUUUGGAAACACGCCGUCUACGCCUGUUGCACUAAAUGAACCCGAAAUCCCAGUAGUUAAUCCUGCUGCAUCAGAGACAGUAGUCGAUCCUUCUCAGCAGGAGAGUGUUCCUGUUCCAUCGGGGGCUGUUGUCGAGACCGCGCAAUCCGAAGUCGCACCCGCUACGCCCGAGAAUGACAAUGUUAAUAUUCUUCCACCCGUCGAGCCUGGAGCAUCAGUAGUUGAAAUCACAUCCCAGUAGUACUUAAAAUAACUUGUUACCUAGAAUCAUUAUAUAGAAGUGAUAAUUUAUGUAAAUAAAUAUAGAGUUUAAAGAGCAUCCACUUUAGUAUUUUCUUUUACUUAUAAAUAAAGUAGGUUCAAAUAUUACUUACUAACCAAAGUAAUGACAAACAAGGCAAUAAAGUUAGAAUUUAUUUUGUUACUUAAGGAUAAUGUAGCAUUUUAAUGACUUUUUAUCACAUUUAUUCGUAAAGAGCUAGUUUGGUCUCUGCUUACAGACAAGAGACCAAAAAAGCGUUUAAAUCUCUAGGGACUAAAAGUGAUUUGAAUUAAGAAUGAGGAUAUAGUUAGGUAGUUAAAGUUUCAAACAACAAAAAGAUCAAUCACGAAUAUCUUAUGAUAAAAUCACAGACUGCAAAAAAAAUAACUUGUGAAAUUCAUUCAUAAUUGUUGACUCAAAUUCGGACUUUAUAUGGUUUAACAAAAAAAAAAUGUGUGUCUUUCUUAAGUAGGGGGAAAGAUAGUAUGUAUUAUAUUAACUGCCGAGAACAUUGUACAGGCGCUAAAAAUGUUAGUUGCAUUUAAUUAUUUUCUAAUAGAGGGUGAUGAAAAGUAUUAUUUACCAAGGGAACAACACUAUUUUAAAGCUAUCCCUCGCUGCACUUAGGAUUCAAAGCAAACAAUUUACUAGUUUCUGAGUCUAUUCGUUACAAACAUACAAAAACACAUACCUUCCUUGUUUAAAAUAUUAUUUUAAAUUAAAAUGGCCCAACUUAAAAAAAAGCUUUAUCAAAUUACUUUCUUUUUUAUACUGGAACUGGGUCUCUGUGGGCAUUAACACUCUUGUCUAUUUACACGUGAAUUUUUCAAAAACUAUGAGCCUGAUUGAAUGACUUUUCUGUGUCCGAUGAAGUACUUUUCAACAGAGGGGACAGUGUCCCCCUUAAAACGAAGAAUAAGCUUAGAUUCUCUCCCUAUUUCAUCCAUAAUGAAGGCCUGUGCCCCUACAGUGGAUUCAUAUUGAGACCGAUAAUUAUAAUGAUGAAAAAGCUUGGAUUAGUUCAUCAUCAUCAUCAGUCUAUUAAUGUCUCCACUGCUGGGGCACAGACCUUCCCUAUGGAUGGAAUAGGGAGAUUGGGUCAUGACCCACCACGAGGGCUCAGUGCGGAUUGGUGGGUGCUAACGACUGCAGAUGCAGCCGGGACCAACGGUUUAACGUGCCUUCCAAAGCACGGAGGAGCUCGAGAUAGUAAAUUUUUAGUCACCCAUCCAAUGACAGACCACUGCGAAAGUUGCUUAACUUCAACAAUCGCAGCCGAACUCGCUAACCACCUGCGCCAUCGAACUACUCAAAUUGGAUUAGUUACUCCAUGUUAUGUCUCUGUUCAUUACAAAUGACAUUUGAGUGAUAUGAACAAAACACGGCGUUACUAGCUUAAGCUUAUUCCUCGUUUAUUAAUAAGGGGAUUAAGUUUAAUUUGUACCAAUAUUGUGGUUGGGACAAAUUUACAUAUUUUCCGCAUAAAUGGUUUAUCACUGUGGGUAACAGCUGUAAUUACUGAAACUAAAAUUAUAAAAGGAAAUUCACCAAACCCCAUAUAAAAUUGCUCCACCUCCGACACCAAAGAAAUGAAGUUCAGAUUUUAGUGUUAAAAUAUUAAAAAAACUCCUGAAGUUUCGCUAAAUUCAGAUGUUGACAUAGUUUUUUUUGCCUAUAGAAGUUUUAUACGUGCCACGUGUAAUAAAGUCACUAGAGAAAAAAAUCUUCGGGCAUUCUAUACUAUUAACCCAUAUAGACCGAUAAUAAUUUUAGUAAAAAUAAUUUGCUUUUUAUACAAAAGCUAGCUAAAAAUACCCUAAAAACUAAUAUAAAAAUUAAGAAAAAAAUAUAUAACAAAAGGGGGGCACAGGGGGGCCCGUACUAUAUGUGGUACAGUAGGACUAUAAGCAUACAAAACACUUGAUAUUACGACACAAAUAUUUACUUAUUAUUUGAAUAGAAAAUAAUAAAAUAUUCCACGUCUACACCAAUAUUGCACUUGACACACAUCGUUUGUGACAAUGUCCACACCUGGUUCUCUUUUCUUGCUUAGCAACGUAGUGCUCUUUUUCGUCAUAUCGCGACUCAGAAGUUAUUGAAGAUGGUCGACUCGGACCUGGUAUGUUUGUUGCCAUCAAUAAGUGCACUUGCAAUUUGACACCGAAAGCUUAGCGAGUCCAUGUGAUUGCCAUUAUGUCUGUAAAGCAACCAUGCGUUUUUCACAGAUAUAUCAAUGCAAUGCAGAAUCAGAGGCAUGUAACAUUUUUUCCAGCGAAUGCUGGUUCGCAAUGAAGAGAUGUUCUGAUCUGAUAAGUUUACACCCCCCAUGUUCUUGUUUUUUGGUAAAUGAGAUGUGGUUGAGACACAAUCUUUUUUUUUGUUGAUCGGGUACGUUUUCCCUAAACAUACUUCUUCUGCUGACUUGACAGUAGCCACUGACUAACAGAAUUCCAAUGAAACCUUUCAUUUCUUCCAUCUUGACAUCAGCAGGAAGAUGUUUUUGUUCUAAAUACUUAUUUGUUUCAGUCGUCAGCAAGUCAAAUACAUCAUCAGAAAAGAACAAGGAAAACCAUUCUAUUGGAUUUCUUUCUAUUGGAACGUGAUAAACCGGUACCCCAAUAAUGACUUUGUCUUAUAAGGCCCUUUUUUCUCCAAUUACACUUUUUUACACAUUUUUACAAGGGUUCUUGAGACUCACAUGGUUUGCCCGACUCUUCUCUAAAAGCAGUAGAUUCUGCUGGUGCUUGAAGUAAAUUUGGAGGCAAAUUGUUUAUGUCUACAGACAUCUUCUUUACCCGAGGCUUCGUCAGUCUGAUCAACGUUGGCGGUGACCAGACUGAUGAAGACAAAAGGUCAUCAGGCGGCAGUAAAAAAAUGACAAGAUCUAGACCCUAGUCAUAAAAACUUCAAGAUUUGAAGCAAUAUCGUAAAGCGUCAAUGACCUAAAACCAUGAAACAUAAAAAUCGAAAAACAUAUGACUAUCGUUUAUGUUGCUUAUGCAUAAACCUACUGUACCACAUACGGUACACCUAAUUGAUUUAUUAAAUAUACCUAAUAUAAAUAACUUGUAAAACAUUUUUGUUCUUCAAACAUCUAUUUAAACUCUAAACUUUACAAAAAAACUGCUAAAUAAUAUAAUCAAUAAUAAAUAUUGUGGGAUUGACCUUUUCGAAGACACAGUAGAUUAUUUUUAUUGUUUUUAUGACAAAAAUCCAAUGAAAACUUAAAAAUACUGAAACUAAUAACGUUUUUGUCUAUUAUAAACUAAAGUAUUAUGUAGUCUUCGUUCAUUUACAUAAAUAAAUAAAACAAAUCUACCCUCAGGUACGACGCAAUUACUUAAGAAAGUUACUGUACCAUAUAUGGUACGGUAGGUCUAUAUGGGUUUUAAACACAAGAGGGCAGUGAUUAAAAAAAUAUAAAGAUUUGUGAGUUGAUUGCGUUUUACACAUUGUAUAAAAUUACAGGAUGUUAAAACAGUAUUUUCAUGUAUUAAGAUACAAUAGGCUUAAUGAAAAAAAAAUACAACAAUAUUUUUGUACUACUUUCUUCCUAAUGAACACUCAUUUUUGUAGAUAAAUAAAUACUUUUAUUGUUUCAUGAUAGAGUAUAUCUUUAUUUAUUUUCUAUUUAUCUACUAUAUUUUCAGAGUUUUGGACAGAAAAGCAUGUAUUAGCUUUUUUAUACUAUUAACCAAUUGUAAGUAAUUCUUGUACCAUAAUCAUCAUCAACAGUCUGUAAAUGUCCACCGUAAUUUGGUAGUUACUUUUUAACAUCUAGCGCCUAUAAAACUUUUACGGGCAAAAAACCUACGUUAGCAUCCGAAUUUGGCAAUAGGAAAACUUUAGGACAUAUUUAUUAUUUUAACUCCAAAAAUCUGAGUUACAUUACUUUAACGCCUUAGCUGGGGCCUUUUUUGCGGAUCUCCUUUGGGCAGUAGAUUCAUUUUAUAGCCUAGCAGCAAGUUUCAAUAUAAUAAAGUAAAAGGGAAGGAUAGCCUUGAUCUGUUUCUUAACAACAGUUGUUAUUAUAAUCUAAAUAAUAAAAAUAGCUAGGCAACAAAGUUCUAAUAGGCAUAUAUCAUAAUGGAGUUCGAUUAAUGAAAAUGGCCAUAGGAAAGUAAUAAUUAAGGAUGAAAAAAAUCUAUUUAUGGUUGGAAAUUAGUUAUCUCUUAUCUUGAAAUUUUUUGUUGUGUUUAUUAAUAAGGGUGAUGACGGGGUACAGUAAACGAAAUUUUGUUUAGUCUGUCAGUUAGAUGAUCAAAAAAUAGAAGACACGUAUUUUUUAUUUGGACAAUCAACCAAAAAAGACAAAGU